AUGAACUCACGUACCUUAAGACAAAAGACUGAAAAGUAUCACAACAACAUUGAAAAGAGAGGAAAGGUUGAAAUCAAGAAGAAGGAAGAAUCCAUUGGUCUCUCACCAUACGUUCUUGCAUUCAUUGUCUUUGUAGUUGUUGGUUCAUCACUCUUGCAAAUCUUCAGAAGUCAAUAA